AUGGCGACAGUACUUGACCAGUCGCAGCGCGGCUCCCUUGGAGGCGAGCCCGUCGUCGGAUCCGUCUCCAUCACUCCGCCGCAGAGUGCCAACGGCAAGAAGGAAGCGCCCGAGGGCGUGCCUUCCGAGUUAUCUGACCUCGAGCUCGACCACCAAUCUGCACCAGCACCCGAUACAACCACGAUUAAGCAAGAGGAAAUGGAGGAGAAAGUCGAGGAAAUCGAAGAAAUUGAACCCGAUCAUUACUAUGGCGGCGGCAAGGUUCCUGUUUUUAAGCCGACAAUGGAUCAAUUCCAGGACUUCCAAGGCUUCAUCACCAGAAUCAAUAGAUAUGGAAUGCAGGCAGGCAUCGUGAAAGUUAUUCCUCCAAAAGAAUGGUCCGAGUCUCUUCCACCACUGGAUGAGGCCGUUAAGAAAAUUCGAGUGAAGAACCCCAUUAUGCAAGAAUUCCACGGAUCCCACGGUACAUACACUCAAGCCAACAUCGAACGACAACGCUCGUAUAACCUCCCUCAGUGGAAGGGUCUAUGUGAAGAAAGCAGCCACCAACCCCCGGCUCGCCGAGGAGAGAGACGCCGAAACCAAGAACGCGUGAACCGUGCAGCCCCGACACCGCGCCCCCCGUCUGCCCGUCCCGAGGGUCAGAAGCGCCGUCCUGGCCGUCCACCUAAGCGGACCAAUAAAGUCAAAGAGGAGCCCCCUGCAGAUGACGCUGAAAAGUCUAGAUUGGAGGGUCCUCCGACGCCUGUAUCACCCGAGACCAACCCUGUGCAGCCAAAAACCGAGGAUUUAAGUGACGGCGAGUCCUUACCUACCACAAAACCAAAGGGACGACAGCCCAAGUCCGUGACCUCACGCCGAAAGAACAACCGAGGCGAUGCUAUGGAUCAAGUUGAUGAGGAGGCCUAUACGGGAUUUGAUUACCGGAUCCAUGAUCACGAGGAAUACACCGCGGAACGAUGCGAGGAGCUUGAGACUAAUUACUGGAAGUCGCUUAUGUACAACAACCCCAUGUACGGUGCUGAUAUGCCCGGUUCGCUCUUCGAGGAUUCUACAGAAACCUGGAAUGUGGCCAAAUUGCCGAAUCUGCUUGACGUUCUCGGACAGAAGGUUCCUGGAGUCAAUACUGCUUAUCUCUACAUGGGCAUGUGGAAGGCUACCUUUGCUUGGCAUCUUGAGGAUGUAGAUCUGUACAGCAUCAACUACAUCCACUUUGGCGCCCCCAAGCAGUGGUACAGCAUCUCCCAAGAAGAUGCACCUCGCUUUGAACAGGCCAUGCGCAGUAUCUGGUCCAGUGAUGCGAAGAACUGCGAUCAAUUUCUUCGCCACAAAACCUAUCUCGUCUCACCUAGCCUUCUCAAAUCGCAAUAUGGGAUCACCGUCAACCGAUUGGUUCAUUACGAAGGGGAGUUUGUCAUCACAUUCCCUUAUGGGUACCACUCUGGAUAUAACAUCGGAUACAAUUGCGCCGAGUCAGUCAACUUCGCGACCGAGCAAUGGUUAGACUAUGCUCGCAUCGCUAAGAAGUGCCACUGCGAAGCAGAUAGUGUCUGGAUCGACGUGGAAGAGAUCGAGCGCAAAUUACGUGGCGAGAGCACACCCGAGUACUAUGGUGAAUUUGAAAGCGAAUUUGAUGGAUUUGAAGGUGCUUCCGAUCUUCUUACACCGCCACGUAGUGUGCCUGAGAAGACAUCCACUCGUGGCCGAAAGCGGAAGAACCCGGGCGACGGGCCGAACAGCAAACGACCCAAACUCCACCCCGAAGGACCACGGAAGCUUCCAUGUUUGUUGUGCCCUAACAAUCUGGACUAUGAGGAUCUUCUUCCGACAGAAGAUGGUAAAGGGCAGGCACAUAGACGGUGCGCGGCAUUCAUUGAAGAGACCACAAUUCUCCGUGACGCAUCUGGUACGGAAGUUGUGUGUGAUAUUGACAAGAUCCCUAAGGCUCGCCUGGGCCUCAAAUGUCUCUUUUGCCGCGAAGUCCGCGGUGCCUGCUUCCAGUGUAACUUUGGCAAAUGUACGCGCGCUUACCAUGCAACCUGUGCUCUUUUGGCAGGUGUUCAGGUCGAGCACGGUGCGAUUGCUGUGAUUGCGGAUGAUGGUACUCAAUACUCCAUUCCGAGUGUUGAUCUGAAGUGCAAAUUCCAUCGUCAGAAGCGACCCAAUGGAGUCCUGGGCGAAUCGUCCGAUGUGGAUCGUCGGGUGAUCGAAUCGGCUCGUCGUUUGGUACAAGGAAAUUUGAUCCAAUUUCAAGCCGACAAGGAGAUUAAUGGCGCCAUUGUUCUUGAAAACCGUCCUUCCGAGCGAAGUCUUUUGCUCAAGGUUCUUCCAAGAGGAGAUGUGAUUGAAAUGCCCUAUCGAUGGAUGCUCGUUGUUCGUAAGAGCAAUUUCACACCCCUCGCAUUAGGAAUUCAACCCCUCCCAGCCCACCUAGCGCGAAAACCCGAACGCAAAGAGUUAGAAUCUGCGGUACCGGCGGCAGGCAGUGCAUUUGGCGAUUCACGAUCUCCCUAUCAGUGGGCCGAAUUUGAGACGGUGGAUGGCACUAGAAACCAAUUCGCCCCACUCCGUACGGUCAACCUUCAGGGAGAACAAAUGUGGUAUUAUUUGGGCAUGCAGUCCACCGAAAGUAGGGCACAGUAUACACACAACCCUAGCGUGGCCAUCCACAACCCUCGGGCCAAUUUCCUGGACAGCGUUAAGUCGCUUGGCGUGGAUGUCAGCGCUCGUGCAUCGAAGAUCUCACCCCACCACUUUCAUUAUGCUGCCACCGCCCCUGCCCCUCCCUACCGAAACUUGAACCAGCAAAAUAUUUACUCGAAUGUCAACGCUCUACAAUCCCGACCGCCCUCUUCUGCCUUGCAGAACGCCCCUCCCCCUCCUUUUAUCCCUGCUACCGGUGCUGCUGCUGGAACUGCGAUGCCGUCGGCCUUUCGAACUUUACCCCAGUCUGCCCGUUAUGCCCCCUAUCCUUCGGCCAAGCACGCUCAGCAGCAGCAUCACCUCCAAUCCACCAAUACUUUUGCCAACGUCCGAGAACUUAUUGCUCGCCGUCGCCUAGCCCAGAUUACCGACCACGCCAAUGUUUUUGCCGGAUACACCAUCGUUAGCCCCGAAUUGGUGGUGGAGACUCUGCUGGGUCCUAUGGGCUCAAUACCGCCGGCCAAUGGCCUCGAGAAACUGGAGCUGGCCAUGGCCCAGCAACGGGUUCAGCCACGGGCUGCGGAUGGGACUCUGUUGCCGCCUCAAACUCUGAACAUGCGGUCAGAGGAAGUCACUCGGCUCCUUCAAAUGCUCCGGUUCUCGCUGGUCAGCCACCGCGAGCGACUGGAUGUUAUUCAGAAGAAGGAAUCGGAGGGAAUCAAACAGGAGACCGUGGACCGAGGCAGCGUGGCCGCUGCCAAGAUGCCUGGAAAAUAUGCCUACCUGGAUCAGCAGCGGUCGCUGGCACCCAAUGUCUAUCAGUCUCCCUACAACAUGCCGUCGGGUCUCUCAGAAUAUGCCAAGACUACCUAUGGAUUGGUUCCUGCGGCAGACGACCCGCCCAAGCCCUCGCUGUCGAACGAUUACUUCAACAAUCUGCCACAAGAGCACCAGGAAAAAAUCUUGAAGGCCUGUGGUAGCUUCGUGCAGCGUGCAAUUGAGCGGUCGGCUAGUCACAGCCGGCAGAGUUCAUCCUCAAAUCUUCGGUUGUCGGCGGCACUGGCACAGCAAACGGACAACCCGACCAUUGACAUCACCCCGGUGGAGGAUCCUCCCCUUCUCUCGGGUCUCGAUAUGCCCCUCCACGCAGAUUCUCCAUGCUCCAGUUUCGGUCGGUCGCAUCUACGAUACCAGUCGCCAAAUGAGUUCCCCAUCCAUGGUCCAGACCCUCAUCCAGACCACCACGAUUUGUUCGGAGAUCAGCAAGCAAAUACACGCUUCUGGCAGAACGGGCCGUGGGUUGGUGGAGAUGGCAACACUCCCAAUGACGAGAACCGACCGUUCUUCGGACCACAUAUCUUCGGGCCGCAUGAACGACUCAAACAUGACUAUGCAUCCUCCGACAUCUCCCUGGGCAAAGGACCUGGAUCAUUGCACUCCGUCGAUAUGGCAGGCUUUGGCCCGGACUUGAAUGAUGAUCUCGGACUAAGUCCGUAG